UGUAAUAGAGGGCAACUUAAUGAUUUAUCAACAGAAGCGCCUCCCGCAACAUUGGUGUUCAGAUUCAGUAGCAUUGUAGAUUAAGAAGGUCAACAACACUGCUUAUCAAAUGAAGACAUUUUUUCUCGUUAUUUUGUGUUGACAAUGCCAUUAUUAAUAUCUGGUCUUCAAACGAUGUUUCUUCCAACAUAACGGGUGACCUGCCUACCAUACCCGUCUGGAUUAUCUUGAAAAAAUGUAAUAAACAACUGGCCCUUUACGAUUCUGUAUAAUGGCUGACACCACCGUUACGGAAAAUGAAAGUAACGCCGUGAUUAAAACUAGUAAUAGUUACGAACUUUUAUCUCAUACUUCAUCUGAUUUUCAAAUGAGCAACUAUAACUAUUUGGAUACAAAUAAGUUAGUAUAUGGCAAUUGUGAUAUUUUACCAAAUAACAAUGUUUGUACGAGUAAAGGAUUGUCGCAUUGUUAUGAUGAUGUGGAUUGCAGUAGUUCGAUUCAACAGAAUGAUAUGACAACAUAUGGAUCUGAUCUGUUUUUGGGGAGUUCAUUUGGAGAUACCUCACAAAAUUGUGAGACUCUUUUGUUCCAACCAGCAGAUACCACGGCGGGGAGUGAAUUUAUGGCAGAAUCUCAGUACAGCUCCCACUUUAAUCACAGCCAGCAACAUAAUCAAACCGAAGAUAAAUUAGUAGAGUACAACUCAAUAGCAGUUAAUAAAAGUGAGAACUAUCGAACAAACAAAACUAACCAUUUAAAAAAACUAAGUGCAAAUUCUGAUAAGUCGAACUGUCGUGGACGGCGGCGUAAGGCAUUUGUUGCAAUGUAUCAUAGUCAAAUUAGUGGUGAUAAAAACGCCAUCAAAAUCAGAAUUAAAAAAAGUGAUUUAUCAACGCAAUUGCCUCCCACCAAAAAGAAGAGCGGUAGGCGAAAAAAACACAAAAUCAAUUCUGACACAGAUACUUCAGAUCACGAAAGUAGAAGAAAAAGGAGUAAACCUACAGUUAUUGCAGAAAGUGUACCUGUUGUCACAAGUACGGAAAAUAUUACUGAAGAAAGUAAAUGGGCAAACAUGACUCCUGAUAUUCUGCAUAGGAUAUUUCAGACAUUGUGCAUGCAAGAGGGUUGCUUACCUACAGUUGUCAGGUUGUGCAAGGUAUGCAAGAACUGGAGAAACGUCGCUUUAUCUCCUCUUUUAUGGCGCAGUGUAGAUCUGAAUUGGGUUCAGGAAAAACUGCGUACUGACCUUAAACUGCAUUGGCUAAUUCAAAACCGUCUCAUGGCAUGCCAAGAACUAAACUUAGCGGAAUGGAAGGUUCAUAACAUACAAUUGGCCUUAGAAGCAUUAAGUGAACAUUGUCCCGAAUUACGUGGACUUAAUUUAGGCGGUUGGAAAGGGUUAAAUGCGGAGCAUUUGAAAUACUUGACCACAGAGUUUUCUUUGCUGGAACGAUUAGAUCUUUCUUCUAUAAAUAAUACCUCUGCUAUAAAUGCACAACCAUUAGUAAGUUUAGCACAAAUGAUGGGCAGUAGGUUAACACAUCUCGUUUUGGCCCAUAACAAAAUAGCUGGAUUUACUCAAGUGAUUACGUCUAUUGCAUCCCACUGUCCCAAUCUGCAAUUGUUAGAUUUAUCUAAUAUAAGGACCUUUGCUCAAAACACUGCCCUAUUACAUGUAGAAAAAUUACAAGUCGGCUGUCCGAAGCUGAGGGUUUUACGAAUUACUAACAGCCAAAUAUGGCUCGCGUCUGCAAGCUUGUCACAUCAGGUUGCUUCACCGGGUUUUCCGAUGCUAGAAGAACUUUCGUUGGCGGGCGCUGAGGGAUGCCAACUUACUGCUCGUUCGAUAGAUGACGAAGGUAUCGAACGAAUUUUAAAGACCAGUACCAAGUUGAGAUUGUUGGAUGUUCGUGGCUGUGCUCGCCUUACUGACUCAGGACUAGUCAGAGUGCCUGCCUGGGAUCUGGAACAUCUUUUUUUAAGUGCUUGUUACGUAACACGGCUUCAAAACUCCGGAUUAGAGCUAAUAUUACAAAAAUGGAGCCACAGUUUACUUGAGGUGGACUUAGCAUGGUCUACAGCGACAUCGUCGUUAGAUGCUGCAGUGCUAGCGCUUGCUGAAAAAGGAGUAGAUUCUCCCUUACGCACUUUAAAUUUAUGCGGAUCUUCAGUUAGUUUAGAACCUGUUAAAGCUGUACUUAUAAAGUGUCCCAAACUGCACUCUAUUAAUUUACAAUCGUGUCGAGCGUUACCAAGAGGUAUGAAGCGGCUCUAUAUUGGUGAAGCUAUCAGCGAUUUAAGGCAAAGUCUUUAAGUUGUACCAAAAUGUGAAAGUGAUGAUGUGGUUACAGAACGAACAUCUGUAUGUGAGUAAUGGUCCGUUGUUACUGUGUUAUAUUUGAAAAAAAUUUUGAUGUAAUGAGCAAUUGAAAUUGUUUUUACGUUUUUAAAAUACCAAGAUGAGCGUUUCUUUUAAAAGUGACACAAAGAACCUAAGUGCAAGAUAUUGUCGAGUACCUGUAACUGUACGUACUAUGUAUAGUGUGUUUACACAAAGUUUAGGGAUGAGAUUUUUAUUGGUUUAAUUAACGUUAUUGAGAAUUAAAAUGGAGUGCAUGUUAAAGUUUGAUUAUUGUUUUUAGUUAUGCAUAUUUUUAUGUAAAUAUUAUUUCAGUGUGACUGUUUAUGUUGUCAAAACUUUGCUUAAUAUAGUCUAAAUAUACUAAAGCUGUAGAACAGAUAAAGGACAUUAUUUAUAAAUAUUGUUUCUCAAUUAGAAAAGAAUACUUGUUAAUGUGGCAAUGAAAUGGCUCGACCUUAAUUGAAAUUAUAGUGAACUCUUUCAUGGACCUAAUCAUGAGAAGUGGUCUCAUAAUUUAAUUUUAUGAAAACAAAAUACUACAUUGAGACUACAAAAAUUUGCAUUAAAUGCCAAUCAUUUAAAAUUGAAAGGAUAAGAUGUAGAGAACAUUGCAAUAAAAUUGUUCUUUACAGUUUUCCCUUAGAUGACUGGUGCAUUGACCUAAUAGUACUUACAGGGUACAGAGUGAUCCUAAAUAAAAUCUCAAAAAUGAUACUACAAAUCUAGAGAUAAAAAUAAGACAGUUUCACCAAAAUGUAUCUUAGUUCAAGUCAUACUCUUUUGUAGAUAUGUGUUUUUUGAAGGACAUUUUAUAAAGGUAUGUCCAGCAUUUUGAAGCGUAGUACUCCACUUUUAAUUCAUUGAACCGAAGAACGUCAUGUAUACACUAGUACAACAACAGUCAACUCAUGGAUCACGGUGAACCUAGAUCUGUAACCUUUAUCGAGUUUGCGAAGGAGUUCGUUGCACUGGUGAGGCGCGGUUCGCGACGGGACAAUGUUGCAAAUGUGGACAUGCCAACUGUUUAUU